AGUAACUUCCUCUCUUCUCUGGGUCGCUCUGUCGUUCGCGCUUUCUGUUUCAUACACUUUCUCUGGAUACAUUACUACCGCGGCUCUUGUGCUAGGUUCGAUCCCCUCUUAGCAUACACUAUCUCCAUGCGGAAGCAGCUCGACCCGCGCAUCCCCAUCCUCAUCAAUAACAAUGUCAAGAAGAACCACCGUUCUUUCAUAGUGCUUGUCGGAGACAAAGGCAGGGAUCAGAUUGUAAACCUGCACUUCCUUCUCUCGCAAGCGCGGGUUUCUGCUCGCCCUUCCGUACUAUGGUGCUACAAAAAGGAGCUUGGCUUUACAACACAUCGCAAAAAGCGCGAGGCUAAAAUCAAGAGGGAAGUCAAGAAAGGAAUCCGCGAACCCAAUGAGCAGGAUCCCUUUGAGAUUUUUAUCACUGUCACCGAUAUCCGGUAUACGUACUACAAGGAGUCACACAAAAUCCUCGGCCAAACAUUCGGCAUGUGCGUACUGCAAGAUUUCGAGGCGAUCACGCCCAACCUUCUUGCCCGGACAAUAGAAACGGUUGAAGGUGGAGGGCUCGUGGUGAUCAUGCUCAAGACCAUGAAGUCGCUGAGGCAGUUGUACACUAUGACCAUGGAUGUUCACGCGCGUUACCGGACAUCCGCACACGACUCAGUAGUCGCUCGUUUCAACGAGCGGUUCAUCCUCUCUCUUGGCUCAUGCGACGACUGUCUCGUACUCGACGACGAGUUGAAUGUCUUACCGAUCUCUCGAGGCAAGGAUAUCAAGCCCAUAGAGGAGGUCCGGGGAAAGAGUAAAGAGGAGUCCGAGCUCAAGGACCUCAAGGACAGCCUUGCGGAUACGAAACCCAUUGGCGAGCUCGUCAAGCUCGCGAAGACGAUCGACCAAGCGCAGGCUAUCCUCACCUUUGUCGAUGCCAUCGCCGAGAAGACGCUAUCUUCGACUGUCACACUUACCGCUGGUCGUGGUCGUGGAAAGUCUGCUGCGCUUGGUCUCGCUAUCGCCGCAGCACUCGCUCAUGGGUACUCGAAUAUCUUUGUCACGAGUCCUAGUCCGGAGAAUAUGAAAACGCUGUUUGAGUUCAUCUUCAAGGGCAUGGACGUGCUCGGCUACGAGGAGCAUCUAGACUAUGAUAUCGCACAGAGCACAAACCCCGACUUCAACAAGGCAAUCGUACGUGUCAACGUGUUCAGGAAUCACCGGCAGACCAUCCAGUACAUCCAACCGCAAGACGCACAUGUCCUUGGUCAGGCCGAACUCGUCAUCAUCGACGAGGCCGCUGCCAUCCCUCUUCCCCUCGUCCGCAACCUGAUCGGUCCCUAUCUCGUCUUCAUGGCUUCUACGAUCAAUGGAUACGAGGGUACCGGCCGCUCCCUCUCCCUCAAGCUCAUCCAGCAGUUGCGCGAGAGUACACGCCCAUCCCUUACCAAAGACUCUGCGGCUGCCGACGACGACGCCGCGUCCGCCCCUUCAUCCUCCAAAAAGCCUCUCACCAAGGCGCCGCCCAAAGCACGCACGCUGCGCGAGAUCAAGCUCGAGACGCCCAUCCGGUACGCCGCGGGGGACAAGGUCGAGAAAUGGCUCAACAGCCUGCUCUGCCUCGACGCGACGAUCCUCCCGCGCCAGACGCACAUGAGCUGCCCGCACCCGAGCAAGUGCGAGCUCUUCUACGUCUCGCGCGACACGCUGUUCAGCUACCACCCCGCGUCGGAGGUGUUCCUGCAGCGCAUGAUGGCGCUCUACGUCGCGAGUCACUACAAGAACCAGCCGAACGACCUCCAGCUGCUCUCCGAUGCGCCCGCGCACCACCUCUUCGUCCUCCUGCCCCCGCUGAAGGAUGAUGAGACGCACCUCCCCGAACCGCUUGUCGUGCUGCAGGUCGCGCUCGAGGGCAACAUCAGCCGGCAGACGAUUAUGGAAAACCUAAGUCGCGGAUUCCGCGCUGGAGGUGACAUGAUCCCUUGGUUGAUCUCGCAGCAGUUCCAAGAGAACAAGUUCGCGCUGUUGUCGGGCGCGCGCAUCGUCCGUAUUGCAACACAUCCAGACUAUGCGAACAUGGGCUAUGGCGCGCGCGCGCUGCAAGCGCUGAAUGCGUACUACAGCGGGCAGUAUUUCAACGUGGACGAGGCGAUCGACGCGGAGCAGUCGUACCCAGAUCCCGCCAACUUCGACGAGGAUACGACGCUGCUCACGGACGAGCCCAAAGUGCGCGCAGCGACGGCGAUGCCUCCUCUUCUCCAACGCUUGACUGAACGCAAACCGGAGACGCUCGACUAUCUUGGGGUUUCGUACGGUCUCACGCCACCACUUCUCCGAUUCUGGAAGCGCGCGGGAUACGUCCCACUGUACUUGCGACAGACGCAGAGCGAGCUGACGGGCGAGCAUACAUGUGUUAUGGUGCGGGGUCUGAACUCAUCGACGGAGGAUGAGUUGCAGUGGCUGAGCGAGUUUGCCAAAGACUUCCGGAGACGUUUCUUGAACCUGCUCUCGUACAAGUUCCGCGAGUUCGGCAGCGUGACAGCACUGAGCGUACUCGAAGCGGUAAACGCAGGCGUGAAGAAGCUCGACGAGGAUCCAGCGCGAGAGCUCGGGUCCACCGAGCUCUCCUUCCUCCUCUCGCCGUUCGACCUCAAGCGCCUCGACUCGUACGCGAACAACCAGCUCGACUACCACGUCAUCAUGGAUCUCCUUCCCACCGUCGGCCAGUUCUACUUUGAGAAGCGGCUCGGGCCCGACGUGCGUCUGAGCGCGGUGCAGAGCUCGAUCCUCCUGGCGCUCGGGAUGCAACGCAAGACGAUCGAGGAGAUCGAGGCGGAGCUGAACUUGCCCGUCUCGCAGGCGCUUGCACUCUUCGUGAAGGUUGUCAAGAAGAUCAGCAAGCGGCUGCUCGACGUGCAGAAGGCCGCGAUCAGCGCGACAAUCCCGGACAGAAGGGAGGAUGAGGUGAAGCGCACAGACGCUGAGGGAAACAAGGCGGAGUUCAGGCCGCUUGAGACGACGCUGGAGGAGGAGCUAGAGGAGGCGGGGGACGAGGCUGCGCGUGCGCUGAGGGAGAAGCAACGCGCGAUGCUCGAUGCGCUCGACUUCAGCAAAUAUGCGAUCAACGAUGCGUCUGCGGAUUGGAGCGCGGCAGAAGCACAGGUUGCGAAGCUCGCGUCAGGCGGGCAGGGCAAGUCGACACUUGUCUCGGUCAAGACUUCUGCGGUCGUCGGACAGAAGCGCAAAGCCGAGGACAAAGGGAAGGAGGAUAAGAGUGGGGAGAAGAAGGCGCGGAGGAGUAUGAAGAAGAGCAAGGCGCGGUGAGCCUGCUCUGUGUCGUCGUGGCCAUGUACUCUGUUUGCUUUCUCUGUAGGGCUCCUAUGCCCGACAUUUGGGCCUUCAUUCGAAUGGCGUCAUUGCUUCACGCAAAC